UGGAUGCUGAAUGCACAACAACCUUGAGUGGUCAUUGGUUAGCCGUUGUGUUGCUUCGAUAUCUUUACACAUUACAAGUUGAUUUUUAGUUUACACACUCAUCAAAUAUCGUGGUGUCUGGUCCGCUGUCAUUGUACCUCGUCUGUGCAAACGUAAAUUACAUAAACGCAAACAAACUACUAGCUGGCCUUUUCAAUUAAUAGUGGCGAUAAUGCAUAGCGUUUCGGAACACGAAGACCCUGACCUAUAUUUUGAGCCUGUUAUUACUCUUCCCCCUUUAACAGUCUGUAGUUCCGAGGAGAAUGAAGAGUGCCUAUUCAAACAGAGAGCACAACUGUUUCGUUUCGACACUAUUGACGAUCCCCCAGAAUGGAAGGAGCGUGGGGUUGGAGUGCUGAAAAUUCUACGUAACACUACCAGUGGAUGCUAUCGCUUAUUGAUGCGUCGAGAUCGCACGUACAAGGUUUGUGCCAACCAUUAUCUCCUCAAAAAUAUGUACUUACGUCCAAACUGCAGCAGCAGUAGAGCUUUUGUCUGGAGUACGACAGCUGAUUUCGCAGACGAGGUGGUAAAACCAGAGUUAUUGGGUGUUAGAUUUGCUAACUCUACAUGUACGUAUUCAAUAUUAUUUCAGAGACUUUCUAUCGUUUCCCGAAAUAUUUCAUUACGUUCACUACUGCAGUUCAAUGGCACUUAAAUUCCAUUAAAUAUCUGGAUGUUUGAUUCCUUGCACUCGUGAGAGUUUGUCUAGUAUCUUAAGCUCAAACCACCAAGAUGUCAGACUUUCCAAGUCUUUAGGUCAUGUUGCUUUGAUGCAUACCAGACAAAGCGUUCAUUCAAACCUUGGUCCUUUAAUUUAAACGACAGAUUGAUCUAUAUGCAGAAGAUUUUCGGAAAGUUUUUGAGGAAGGUUGUCAAGCAAGUGAUGAUAAACUAACUGAGAAUAGAUCCAGCAUUGAAGAUGCUCAUUCUGAUAAAGAGGAUAAAACUGAUGAUAUUGGCACGCUCUCGAAUUCUGUCAAAGAAUGUUUGAACAUUGCCUCACCAGAUACCAACUCUUCUGUUCAUUGCAGUUCGAUAAAAACCGAUGCUUAAAUAUCUCAUUAUUGAGACUUUUUUCAUAAACAAAUUCAGAUCUGUUAUACAAUAUCUAAUUUUUUAGAGAAGAUGUCUUAAAUAAUAUCUUAUUUGUUUCUCAUUAAGUAGUUCGUUGAAGCCAGUUCUCAAAUAUCAAGCGUCAUUUUUUGUCUUAAUAAUGCCCUAUUCAGAGCUUAAAUCUGGUAACUCUAUUACAAAUGAUAUCUACAAGUAGAUAUGAAAUUUUACACCUUAUUCAAUUAUUGUUAUUUUAGUAGUCAUGGGUCUACUAAAAGAGUAGUGAACUAAGUGGUUGCAAUUAAUUUGGUUCUGUGUGUUUGUAUAUGAUUUCUCCAUAAAGUAGCAGUUGAACCAACAAGGUGAUGCAUACAUUUAUAGUUAUUGUAUCGUCUUUAGUUAUUUAUUUUCCAAGAAUCCUUCUUUUUAAGGUAAUUGGCAAGUGUUUUGUCAGUUAUCAACAUUUGAUUUUAAUCAACCAGGUUGAUGAAAGGAGUUUUUACUCACAAACUGUCGCACUUCACAUCUGUACAUAGGAUUCGAUAGGCCCCAAAUGCCCUGGUAUGGUCGAGAGUGGGAUGGACCCGCCCUCCCUCUCGAAAUGCUCUCACA